CGGGAAAGACAUCGAGAGAGUGAUCGUGAUCGUAGACGACGGCACGCCUCGACUGCGUCUGGAUCUAGCUCGGAAAGUGAGACCGACACAGAUGAAGAGAGAAGGCGAAGACGCAGGGAAAGGCGAAGGGAGGAGGAGAAAGAGACGGAGACGCAAGGAGAAGAAGCGGUUAAAGAAAGAGAAAAAGAAGGGGACUGUCGCUCUUACAGCUCAAUGGGGCAAAUAUGGCAUCAUAUCGGACGCGGACAUCGGUAACAAGGAUUCGGAAUUCCGAGCAUGGCUCGUUGAAGAAAGGAAGAUUAAUCCCGAGACUCUUUCGAAGGACAGGACGAGAAAAGAAUUCGCAGUUUUUGUUGAGGAUUACAACACUGCGACUCUGCCUCACGAGAAGUUCUACGAUAUGCGAAAGUAUGACAUUCGCAUGAACAUGAUUCGGUCUGGCCAGGUCAUCGCAGCAGAGGACGACAAAUAUGACCCUCUCGCGGAUGUGAAAGCCCAUAAUUCGACUAUCAAGUCUCAAAGUGCAAAGAAGGAGUCUGUGCUCAGCCGAGCAGAACUGGAAGAGCUACGUCGCAUCGAAGCCGAGAGAGUAGAAAUCGCCAAGCGGCGACAGCUCGGCCUCGACGUUCCUCGGCACCUCGGUGUCCGGACAGAACAAGUCACCGAAUUCACGUUUGAGUGACCACGGAACGGCGUUACACCCCAUGUAUCGGGAGUAGCGAGUGCCUAUCCAGGUACCCGUCGUCGAUUUGCGGGAUGUUUAGGUCGCGACCGCAACCAGCCUCGUCCAUUGCGCGACUGAUUUUUGGGCCCAAAAAGUUUUGACUACAAAACCUGCCACAUUAAAAAACCAUAUCGCGAGGAUCUCACCAAGACCUUUCAUUGCGGCUGACUGUCUCUACCAAUGACGAGCCAUGGUAGACG